AUGAGCUCUUCCAGGCUCAAUGUGGUCCACCGGCACGGCCAGUGCUCAUCUCGGGCGCGCCAGGACAAGCCGUCCCAUGUGGAGCUCCUCCGUCAGGACCAAGCCCGCGUCGACUACAUCCACUUUCAGGCCGCUAAUGCUACCACUCGCCUCAACCCAUUUGGAGGAUCUCUUUUUGCAGGAGUUCCAGUAAGCCUCGGCAAAGCUCUUCGUACCAGCAACUAUAUCAUCAUAAUAGGCUUCGGCACCCCAACAAAGUCCUUCUCAGUUGCGUUCGACACCGGUACUGAUAUCACUUGGACCCAAUGUGUUCCAUGCAGUAAUUGUUACACCCAAAAAGACCCAUUUUAUGACCCAACCCAAUCCUCCACCUUCACCGACAUCUCAUGCAACUCCGAAUAUUGUAUCGAUCUCAAAAAAUUUGGUUGCUCCUCUACCUCCACCUGUCUAUACCAUCAAGAAUAUGAUGACAAUUCUUAUAGUAAUGGCUCCUUCAUUCAAGACACUUUGACAUUCUCCUCUGAUACUAUACAUAACUUCCGCUUUGGCUGUGGACAUAACAAUAGUGGGCUUUUUGGACAAACAGAUGGGUUAUUAGGCCUAGGCCGAGGGGAUGUUUCAAUUAUUUCCCAGACAUCUCAAUUAUAUGGCAAGAUAUUCUCAUAUUGUCUACCAUCAGAGACCAACACAAUUGGAUAUCUCGAACUAGGAAGCUCUGUCCCUGAUGUGAAGUAUACGCCGAUGCUAACCAACCCAAGCCUGCCAACCUUCUACUUUCUCAAGCUCAUUGCCAUUUCUGUUGCGGGUGCAAGGCUCGCCCUUUCACCUACUAUAUUCAGCGGCCCCGGAACCAUGUUGGACUCCGGCACAGUGAUUAGCCGCCUGCCUCCCACAGCAUACUCCGCCCUCCGUGAUGCUUUCAAACAGUACAUGACCAAAUAUCCGAUGGCACCGCCACUAUCAAUCCUCGACACAUGCUAUAAUAUAACUAACUAUGAGACAGUAUAUGUGCCAUCGAUUGCUUUGAUCUUUGACGAUGAAGUGACGGCAACUUUAGAUUUUUCGGGGAUUGUUUAUACUAGCCGUAAAUCUCGAAUGUGCUUAGCCUUUGCUAAAAAUGAUGAUGAUAGUGAGGUUGUGAUCAUUGGUAAUGUGCAGCAACGCAGGUUCAAUAUAGUCUAUGAUGUGGGGAACUUAAGAAUUGGCUUUGGGGCUAAUGGUUGUAGCUAG